AUGGGCUGCUGUAUUUCCCGUUCCUCUGGGCCCAACUCGCCUUAUCCCGGCGGCGACCCUGCUUCAUCCUCCCGAGCCAUCAACCCCCCUCCUCUCAGCCUCGGCGAGAGCGUCCUCCAGUCUGCCGCAGGCGGCGGCAGCGCCAGUAAUACCAACGCACACCACCAGGCCAGCCGUCGCCGCCGCGAGCAGCGUCCUCUCGAUCAGCGAAUAAAUAAGCCCCUUCGCCGACACGAAUGGACCUCAAAGGGCCGUACGUGGACCAAGGGCCAGCUCGCACAUGAACGCCGCGACUUCUUUGAUACCAGGGUAACGGGGCGGGCUGAGGUGUGGCAGACGCUACACGCGGCGCUGCAGGUGUUGUGGGAUCCGACGCAGGAAGAGGACGGCAUGGAUGGGUUAGGCACGGCGCAGAGCAUUCUAUCUGCUGCAGAGAUUCUGCUACCGACUGGUAACCUCGCAAAUGGUGUGUACGACUCUCUAGGCAACUACUACGCACUCCCAGAGUGGAUCGUGUGUGACCCUGUGGACGUGCUGGAAGAUGGGAAAGGGGAUCUCUCCGGGGAAGGAGGCGACACCACUGCCGGCGAAGACGACGACGACGACGAUUCCAUUACCGGUGAAGGAGAACACAAGAGAGAGAAGGGCAAGGAGAUUGUGGACGUCUCCGAGCAGAUUACCCUGCGAGCUAGACUUAGCGAGAACGGCCGCGAUUACAAGGUUACCGUUGGCAAGACAGAGCAUAUUCGGAGUAUAGCCAAGAAGAUUGCCGAGGAGGCCCAGCUGCCAGCUACCAAGAAGAUUCGUAUCGCGUACAUGGGCAAGAUUCUUAAGGAGAGCGGUUCCCUCGAGAACCAAGGCUGGCAAGAAGGACAUAUCCUGAAUGCUCUUGUCUUCCCCAGGUAA